UGUGUUUUUCAGCGUGACUGUCUGCAGAAACAUGUCGUGGGAAGAUAAUUUAUAUGAUUUCAGAAGCCUGUUUGACUCCAAUGGGACGAGCCUGGAGGCCUUGCAGAAGAAGCUGGAGGAGCUGGAGCUGGACGAGCAGCAGCGGAAGCGCCUGGAGGCCUUUCUGACCCAGAAGCAGCAGGUGGGCGAGCUGAAGGACGACGACUUCGAGAAGAUCAGCGAGCUGGGCGCCGGCAAUGGCGGAGUGGUGUUCAAAGUCUCUCACAAGCCGUCCGGCCUGGUCAUGGCCAGAAAGCUCAUUCACCUGGAGAUCAAACCGGCCAUCCGGAAUCAGAUCAUAAGGGAGCUGCAGGUGCUGCAUGAGUGCAACUCGCCCUACAUCGUGGGCUUCUACGGGGCCUUCUACAGCGACGGGGAGAUCAGCAUCUGCAUGGAGCACAUGGAUGGGGGUUCCUUGGAUCAAGUCCUGAAGAAAGCCGGAAGAAUUCCUGAACAAAUUCUAGGAAAAGUCAGCAUUGCUGUAAUCAAGGGACUGACCUACCUCAGGGAGAAACACAAGAUUAUGCACAGAGAUGUGAAGCCCUCCAACGUCCUGGUGAACUCCCGCGGGGAGAUCAGGCUCUGCGACUUUGGGGUCAGCGGGCAGCUCAUCGACUCCAUGGCCAACUCCUUCGUGGGCACGCGCUCCUACAUGUCGCCCGAACGACUGCAGGGCACUCACUACUCGGUGCAGUCGGAUAUCUGGAGCAUGGGGCUCUCUCUGGUGGAGAUGGCGGUGGGCAGGUACCCCAUCCCCCCUCCAGAUGCCAAGGAGCUGGAGCUGUUGUUCGGGUGCCAUGUGGAGGGAGAUGCAGCCGAGACCCCGCCCAGGCCGAGGACCCCUGGGAGGCCCCUCAGCUCUUAUGGAAUGGACAACCGGCCUCCCAUGGCGAUUUUUGAGUUGCUGGAUUACAUCGUCAAUGAGCCUCCUCCAAAACUGCCCAGUGGAGUGUUCAGUGUGGAGUUUCAAGAUUUUGUGAACAAAUGCCUCAUAAAAAACCCUGCCGAGAGAGCAGAUUUGAAGCAGCUCAUGGUUCAUGCUUUCAUCAAGAGAUCUGAUGCCGAAGAAGUGGAUUUUGCAGGUUGGCUCUGCUCCACCAUUGGCCUUAACCAGCCCAGCACCCCCACGCACGCAGCUGGCGUCUAAGCGUUCGGAAAGCAGCGGAGAAGAGCCCCCGGCCAUGUUGUUCUGGGCCCCAUUCCCCUGCCUGCCUCCACUCAGAUGACAAGCGAUGACGAACACAGCAUGUGCCAAAAUUCUUCUUGUGUUAAUUUUUACUGGUUGUCUUUACUCUUAACACGAUGAUUCUUCUUCUCCCAAGUGGAUUGGCUGUGUGCUUGGGGCAUUUUGUGUAUGUUGAUGAUCAGAACAGGUGCAGUGCUGAAUUUCAGGGGUGAUUGUGGGCAGCCAUUCUUACUGAAAACCAUACUGCUGUCAUCUCACCAUGACUAGCUGGCCAGCCGUCGUCAGGACUCCCUGACGCCUCAUGGUACUUCUUCUGCCAGGUGCGCCUCCCUCCGCCUGAGGCCGGCGGGCGCCCUUGGCCCUUCACAGGCAGCGCAUUUGAAGCAUGCUUUGCUGCUAUGUCGUGAGCAUCAGAAAGCGUACGUCCUGUUCCUUUAGCAGUAGUGUUUGCUUUUGAUGUAGAAUUCAGCAUUUCCCACCGCAUCUAGCCAGAGCCCCUCACUGCCACAAGACCAGGACUUCUCUAGCCCAUCGACCGGGAUGAUAUGUAGGCUUCUGGUUAUAUUUCUCUAUUUAUUUUGAAAUCUGUGUGGAAUUAUUUAGUGGUGUUCUCGCUUUAUGUUGGGAUUAAUGUUUCUAAAAUAGAUGAGUUAUUUUGAUUGUCACAAAUGGAUCAAGGCAUUAAAGUGUGUCUGAUUUCUUUCUCCUUAAAUCCAAGUACUGAUGCUAUUGUAAACCAAGUGUGUAUAGUGCCUAAUAAAAAUGAUAUGAAAGUCA